GGAUGCUGCUGCUGCCUCAGUAAAGUCCUUGUGAUUGGAUGAAGAGAGAACCACUGACUACCAGUAUGGACGCGCGCCAUCCUGGAGUUUCCCAUAAUCCUUAGGUCUCUAAGUUGCAGCUGAGUGUACUGAACCCUGAACCGUGACCAACGCUGGUCUAUGACUGACCUCCUGUCAGUUGAUCUGUCUUGUGCCAUGAUGAUGUCAGUAGAUGUGACCAAUCGUAAUGGCCCCACUGCCACGCCUCCAACUUCACUCAGCCUGCGCUCCUCCCACAACCAGCUGCUCAGCAGUGAUGUCAUCAAACAGGGCUCUGCCACACCUCCCAAGUGUCGCAAAAAGUAUGCUCUUACCAGCAUCCAGGCCGCCAUGGGCCUUGGAGAAGCGGUGCCAUCGUCAUCCUCGCCAUCAUCAUCGCCAUCGCAGUCAUCAACCCCCAACAAUCCCAAACUAGCAAAGAACGGAGUCAAUCAGCUCCGUAAAGCUGGUCAGGAUCAUAACAAAAACACAACUGAUUUGACUGACCUUGAGUGUAAUUCAGAAAGUAUAACAGAUGAGCUCAGUGUCAGCACAACUGAGGAACCUGAUGGUCACACUCUCUCCAGUAAUGAACAAGAGAAUGAUGUCAUAAAUCUAGAUUUUGAACUGAACCCAGACUGUAGCACAGACGCAGAGCCCGAGCAGAACACAGAAUCAGAUAUAGACUGUAACGUCAACACGACUGUAGAGCUCAAACUGAAUGGCAACACAUCAGGCACAGGAUUUGACUUGAACAUUGAGACAGAGGAGAGUGAUGAUAUCAGCAUUCUGUCUGAGAAGGAAAUUGUGUCAAAGAUGAAGACUGAGGAAGAUGGAGAUGAGGUGGUGGUGGAGGAGGAGCAGGAGCAGGAGGACGAGGAGAAGAAACCUUUACUGAUAGAGAGUGAGUCUGUGAAGAGCCUCAAAGUUUCUUCAGACCUGGAACUCAUCUCUGACCUCCAGUCGAACCUCAAGCUCCUCAAAAUGAGCAAGGACUCUCCGGUGCCUCCCCCUCCCUCCCCACCCAGGCAGGCCAGCCCAGAGGAUACACCACUGCUCUCCGUGGCCUCCUGCUCCUCCUCUUCCUCCUCCUCUCCUGAAACAAAGAAGGACAGAAGGACUGGCGCAAAGACAGACUGCGCUUUGAACCGUAUCCAGAAUCUGAACCCCAGUGAUGAAGAACUGAGCUGGACCACACUGUCCCAGGAGAGCAACUCCCCUGAGGAAACAGAUAUCUGGAGUGAGCAGUCAUUCCAGACAGACCCUGACCUGCCUCCAGGAUGGAAGAAGAUCACAGAUAUGGCUGGUAUCUACUACUGGCACAUUCCUACAGGCACCACCCAGUGGGAGAGGCCUGCCACCCGCCCUGCACCCCCUGGGCAGACAGACUCCCAGGCCCUGAGUGACCACACAGCCUCAACACCACGUAAACACUCCCUGGGCUCACUCAGCCCCUCACCCACUCCUGACCAUGAGUCGUGCCAGGCAGAGGUUUUCUUCAGGGCGUCUACUCGCUCGGGCAGCACCACCUCCGACAGCUCGGUGGAGCCCCUCUCCACACACGAGCCCAUCCUCCCCACAUGUGGAUUUGUUAACAGCUGUUACUUUCCUCGUUCCACAUCUCUACAGGGAAUGCCUGAUCAAGAGUGUCGCCCUCAGCAUCAUGAAGAUGAAGACAAGAAACAGAUGUGGAGUGAUUUUGGCGGAAAGAUUGAUAGUGAAGUGUGGAAGGACCUGCAGGCAGCCACAGUGAACCCUGACCCCAGUCUGAAGGAGUUUGAGGGUGCUACACUUCGCUAUGCAUCACUCAAACUAAGGAACCGUCCAACAGUGGAAGAAGAAGAGUCCAGCAGUAUCAACAGUGAUCCAGAAGCAAAGUGUUUUGCUGUAAGAUCUCUGGGAUGGGUAGAGAUGGCUGAGGAGGACUUGGCUCCGGGGAAGAGCAGCGUUGCGGUUAACAACUGCAUCCGACAGCUGUCCUACUGCAAGAAUGACAUCCGGGACACCGUCGGCAUCUGGGGAGAGGGGAAGGACAUGUACCUGGUGCUGGAGAAUAAUAUGUUAAACCUGGUUGACCCCAUGGACCGCAGUGUGCUUCACUCUCAGCCAAUCGCAAGUAUCCGAGUCUGGGGCGUUGGCCGAGACAAUGGCAGGGACUUUGCAUAUGUGGCACGAGAUAAAAACACAAGGAUCCUGAAAUGUCAUGUGUUCCGCUGUGACACGCCAGCCAAAGCCAUCGCCACCAGCCUGCAUGAGAUCUGCUCCCGGAUAAUGACAGAGCGAAAGAAUGCCAAAGCAAUGGCAGGAGGCUCUCUCCAGGACAGAAUGCAGGCAGGACUAGAUCUCCCUUUGCAAGCAGAGUUUCCCACACCAAAGACAGAACUGGUUCAGAAGUUUCAGGUGCUCUAUCUUGGGAUGUUACCUGUGGCCAGACCAAUAGCCCUCUCCUCUCCAGGCAUGGACAUACUGAAUGGAGCCAUAGACAGUCUGAUUGGUUCUUCCAACAGAGAAGACUGGACUCCAGUAGCCCUCAACGUGGCUGAUGCUACAGUCACCAUCAGCAAGGAGAAGGAUGAAGGGGAGGUGCUGGUGGAGUGUCGAGUUCGUUUCCUGUCGUUCAUGGGCGUUGGGCAUGACGUGCACACAUUUGCCUUCAUCAUGGACGCUGGUGGCCAUCGCUUUGACUGUCACGUCUUCUGGUGUGAUCCCAAUGCUGGGAAUGUGUCAGAGGCUGUACAGGCAGCUUGUAUGCUGCGGUACCAGAAGUGUUUGGUGGCUCGACCUCCCUCCCAGAAGGCCUGUGGCUCGUCGCCCCCUGGUGACUCUGUGUCCCGUCGGGUUUCAACCAGCGUAAAGAAGGGCGUCCUGUCCCUCAUUGACACCCUCAAACAGAAGAGACCCGUCACAGAGUUGCCGCAGUAACCACGGUUAAGCACUACCAACUUGACUCCCUGCCAUAACCCCCAGUCACCAUGGUAACUAGUCGCAUCGCUGCCAAAAUGUGUCGCUACCACAGACCCCUGUAACCAUGGAAACACACUAAAGCCCCAGGGUUUGGGAAAUCCUGUCAUGAUAUUUUGCCUUCUGGAGCAAAUUGGAAUUUCACCUCAAGAGUUUAUGUGCUCUUAAGCAGCAAUUCAAGUCUGUUUCCUCAAAAUAACUGAGCUGGAUAACAACUAAUCCCAUACCGUGAAGGAACAACCACCAGAAACACCUCAAUGGUGGUAAUGUACAUAGAAGUAAUUCACACACCCCUCCCCCUUCAGCAAAGAAGAAGCAAGGAAAGAGACCAACAGCCGAAGAACAAAUAAGUAGGAAGUGCUCCUUCAAGCACAGCACGUGUGAUGAGUGAGCUCAUUACCUCCCAAACUGCUGAUCUCUCCAUGCUCUUGUUGUAUUUUUGUCUGUGCCUGUGCUGCCAGCAUGACCUUGCACACCUGGCCAAACCCCCUCGUCAUUCACCUGGUUGUCCUGUUUGUCUGUAGUGACUUAAUCCCCCUCUGUCCCUCUUAUCCACGGUAGACUGUUGCAUCAAGUGAAAGGAAG